GCGCCGCUGCGUCCCACCCGACACCGCCCCAGCCGUUCAAGUGCACCUGCAGCGACAAGGGGUUCGUCGCCAGCCACCAAAGCUGCUCGCUCGUGAAGCUGAGGUUGUUCGCGUGCCGGUCCGUCGCGGGGUCGCCGGUGUGGUUGUAGUGCGCCACAAAGCCGUACUCCAUGGCGCGGCUAAGCGGCAUCGCGUACAUGUUUGCCGGGACUCCUCUUGCACCCUCGGCGAUACCCAGGGCCUCCAUGGCUCCUCUGCGGUGACUCCCCUCUAUCGCCUCCCGCUGGGCCCCGCCUUUUCCCCCUUUUCUUUCGUCUUUUGUUUCUUUUGCCUCUUACUCGCCGUUUCAGUCGGCCCGGGGCACAGCGUCGCAAUACACUAG